AUGGGAGACGAGUUGGAACUCAACAACCUCACCCGACCUUUGAAAGAUUUCACAGUUCCUAAAGCAUUGGACCAGCCGUCUUGCAUUGCAUACUCAACCACUACAACCAUGUUUGAGAUCAAGAGUGGCACCAUUCACCUUUUGCCACAAUUUUAUGGUAAGGCUGGGGAUGAUCCUCACAUACAUAUCAAGGAUUUCUUUGCUGUGUGCGCAACUAUGCACAAUGGAGGGAUUAGUGAUGAGACAAUCAGAUUGAGUUUGUUUCCAUUCUCACUCCAGGAACGAGCCAAGGAGUGGCUCUAUUCUUUGCCUAGUGCAUCUAUCACCACAUGGACAGCAUUGGCUUCCAAGUUCCUUGCAAAGUUCUUUCCAGCUCAACAGACAAACCAUAUUAGGAAGGAGAUCAUGGGAGUGCAGCAACUAGAUGGAGAAUCAUUUCAUGAGUAUUCGGAUCGGUUUCAGAGACUCCUAGCUUCUUGCCCUCAUCACCAAAUUGAAGAUUGGCUACUUAUGCAAUAUUUUUAUGAGGGAUUACUUGAUUCGGAGAGGAUGAUGGUUGAUGCUACUAGUGGAGGAGGCUUGAUGAACAAGAGUGCUACUCAAGCUAAGGAAAUGUUUGAGAACAUUGCAGCAAACUCUCAACAAUUUAAUUACCAGAGAGCUCCCCCAAAGAAAGCAGGCGUUUAUGAGGUAAGUGCUAGUGAUAUUGGUCCUCAAAUCGCUAAUUUGACUAACCUUGUUAAGCAGUUAAUCCCUCAAGCACAAGUGUGUGCCGUGUGUCCUAAUCCCGGACAUCCUACGGAGCCUUGUCCAAGCUUGUAUGGCGAUGGAGAAGAGAUGGCUCAAGCACACUGUAUGCAGCAACAAAAGCCAAGAAACGAUCCAUUUUCUAACACCUAUAAUCCGGGAUGGCGGCAACACCCUAACUUUGGAUGGAAGAACAACCAAAAUGUGCAAACAGCCCCGGUUCAACAAAAUCAGUUUGUUCCUCAACAAAAUGCACCACCACCUCAUGGGCAAGGUAAGUCUUUAGAAGAGUUAAUUAAUUCUUUGGCAUUAAGCACUCAAGGUUUUAUGCAGGAAACAAGGCCAAUACAGACACAAAUGUCUACAACAAUCAAGAGCCUUGAAAACCAAGUUGGACAAAUUGCAGCCUCCUUGAGUCAAAGAGAGCCAGGAAAGUUUCCAAGCCAAGUAAUUCCAAAUCCUAAUGGAGGCCAUGAAACAGCAAAGGCGAUUACUCUUCGAAGUGGAAAAGAGGUGGAAAAUGUUGACAAUGAGGAGAGAAAUUCAACCAAAACAGUGGCUGCCCCCUCUCCCAAGCUUACGGUUCCAAGUGACAACUCUAAGGUGAGUUCUCUUGUGAAUCAUUCGAUUACUUCAAAAGUUCCUUUUCCUCGUAGGUUUUUGAAUUCAAAGAAGGAGCAAGUUUCAAAAGAUAUUUUAGAGACUUUUCGAAAAGUACAAGUGAACAUUCCCUUGCUCGAUGCGAUCCAACAAAUUCCAAGCUAUGCAAAAUUCCUCAAAGACCUUUGUACAAAUAAGAGAAAGUUCAAAGAGCAUGAAACCGUGGCCUUGAGUGAAGAAGUCUCAGCUGUGCUAUUGCGUAAAUUGCCUCGUAAACUAAAGGAUCCAGGGAGUUUUACUAUACCUUGUCUCAUUGGAAAUCAAAGGUUUGAACAUGCUUUAUUAGACAUAGGUGCUUCAAUUAAUUUGAUGCCUUUUUCUGUUUUUGAAUCUUUAAAUUUAGGUGAGCUUAAGAAGACUUCCGUGAGCAUACAAUUGGCUGAUCGAUCAAUCAAGUAUUCUAAGGGAGUGUUGGAAGACGUUUUGGUCAAGGUGAAUAAGCUAAUUUUUCCAGCUGACUUUAUAGUGCUCGAAAUGGAGGAAGUUCCUAUUCCUGGAAAAGACCUUCCAUUGCUUCUAGGACGUCCAUUCAUGAGAACAGCAAUGACAAAAAUUGAUGUGUAUGAAGGCACUCUCACAAUGGCAUUCGAUGAGGAAACCUUGGAGUUUAAGGUAUUUGAUGCUUUAAAAUAUCCUAAUGAUGAUCAUGCUUGUUUUUCCAUAGAUGUACUUGAGCAAAUGGUGCAAGAAACAUUUAGUGCAUCACAAGGAGAGAUGCCAUUGGAGAGGGCACUCAUCCAAAGCCUCGAAACUGUGAACAAAGAAGGGAACAUAGCUGUACUUGAAGCUGUGAAUAUGCUUGAGGCCUUGCGUCCCCAAAGAGGUAAGUUUAACUCUAUUUUUGAGCCUCUUUUAUUAUCUACUAAUAAGCUUGUUCCCUCUAUUGUGAAGGCACCACAAGUUGAGCUAAAACCCCUUCCGGAGAACUUGAAAUAUGCAUAUUUAGGUCACGAAAAGACGCUGCCUAUGAUCAUUGCUUCUAAUUUGAGUGCAUCAGAAGAAGACAAAUUAAUUCGAGUUCUAAGGGAGCACAAGACUGCCCUAGGUUGGACCAUUGCAGACAUUAGAGGAAUAAGCCCUACAAAGUGCAUGCAUAGGAUCCUUUUGAAAGGAGAAUCAAAACCUACAAGGGAAACCCAAAGGAGGCUGAAUCCGGUGAUGAAAGAAGUCGUUAAGAAGGAAGUUUUGAAGCUUUUGGACGUCGGAAUUAUAUACCCCAUUUCGGAUAGCAAGUGGGUGAGUCUAGUCCACAUUGUUCCCAAGAAAUCCUGA